GUGGUGGGCUGCGGGAACUCGGAGCUCAGCGAGCAGAUGUACGACGCGGGGCUGUGCGAGGACAUUGUGAACAUCGAUGUGAGCGAGGCCGUCGUCCGCCAGAUGCAGGAGCGCAGCGCGAGCCAGAGGCCCAGGAUGAGCUACCUGCAGAUGGACGCGCUGCACAUGGACUUCCCUGAAGCCCUCUUCCAGGUGGUCUUGGACAAAGGCACACUUGAUGCCAUCCUUGCUGACGAGGAGGAGGCCACCCUCGCCAAAGCGGACAGGAUGUUUGCCGAGAUCAGCCGGGUGCUGCAGGUGGGAGGGCGCUACCUCUGCGUCUCCUUGGCUCAGGCCCACGUGCUGAAGAAGGCGGUGGAGUUCUUUUCCCAGGAGGGCUGGGUGGUGCGUGUCCACCAGGUGUCCAGCAGUGGGGACAAGCAACAGUUUGUCCUGCCUAUCUUUGUCUAUGUCAUGACAAAGUUUAAGAAAGUCCCCGGCUCGGCAGCACAAAUCCUGGAGAUUUGCCCCGAGGAUCAGGACAAGCCGACACGGGUGGAGAGCACAGAGCGGCUGCUGGAGGCCGUGAGGGACAGGCAGCAUUAUGCCCUGCUCCGCAGCCAGCUGAGCAAAGCCUCCAGCGUGGAGCAGCUUUCCCUGGAUCUGUGCAGCAGUGAGAGCGGGAGCCCUCGGUACACGCUGCAUGUGGUCGACAGCCCCUCCAUGAAGCUCUCCCGGGACAACCACUUUGCCAUCUUCAUCAUCCCGCAGGGCAGAGAAACCGAGUGGCUCUUUGGGACGGAGGAAGGGCGGAGGCAGCUGGCGGCCAGCGCGGGCUUCAGGCGCCUCGUCGCCGUCGCCCUGCACAGGGAGCAGCACUACGAGGGCAUGGCAGGCAUCCAGGCUGAGCUGUCGGGGAAGGUGAUGGAGCUGGCGCCGCCGGGCCUCCCUGCCGGGCAGCAGGUGCCUUUCUUGUCCGUGGGAGGCGACAUCGGGGUCCGGACGGUGCAGCACCGCAACACCAGCCCCCUGAGCGGGGAGUACGUUGUGGAGGAUGUCAAGGGGGAUGACAAGUGUUACUUCCGCCGCCUCAUCUUCCUCAGCAACAGGAACGUGGUGCAGUCAGAAGCCCGACUCUUGGCCCCAGCACCUCUCCCAGGCCAGAAGAAACGGAGGAGAGACAGGAAGAAACCUUGCCCUACUGAGCCACCCUCAGCCAUCGACAAGAGCUACCUAUGUUGCGAGCACCACAAGGCCAUGGUGGCUGGGCUCUGCCUGCUGGAGAGCGCUGACCCCCUCCCAGGAGCCCCACUCUCGGUGUUGGUGGUGGGGCUUGGCGGGGGCAGCCUGCCCCUCUUCCUCCACGACUACUUCUCCCAGGCCCACGUGGUUGUGGUGGAGAUAGACCCCUCCAUGCUGGAGGUGGCCACGCGCUGGUUUGGCUUCUCCCAGGGCAACCGGAUGCAGGUGCAUGUCUCUGAUGGCCUGGACUAUGUGGCUAACCUGGCAGCUGAAGCCUCGGCCCAAUACGACGCCGUCAUGUUUGAUGUGGACAGCAAAGACCUCACGGUGGGAAUGAGCUGCCCACCUCCAGCCUUUGUGGAAAAGCCCUUCUUGCAGAAGGUUAAAACCAUCCUCAAGCCAGAAGGAGUCUUUGUGCUGAACUUGGUGUGCCGAGACGCCCAGCUCAAGGAGUCUGUCCUGGCCACCCUCAGGGAAAUCUUCCCACUGCUGUAUGCACGCCGCAUAGAUGGGGAGGUCAACGAGAUCCUGUUCUGCCAGCCCAGCCCCCAGAGGCCCCGGCAGCCCACGGAGCUCCUGGCACUUGCUCGGGCGUUGGAGGGGGCCCUGCGCCAGCCUGGCCGUCCCUGGGACAGCUCCUACGUUCUUGCGGACAUGCUGCAGGCCGUGAAGAUCCUGUGAGAUGGGCU